AUGACUGCCGACCAGAUCAAGGCAAUGGAGGGUCCUUUGAUCGCUCUGGCCAACAGCGCUGGAGGCGACUUGAGAAAGUUGUUGUACGCAUUUUUCAGCUUUCUCCAUCGUCGAACCGAUUUCUACUUGGUACCCAACGACGUUGAUCUCAAGGAAGGCAAGGUCAGAAUGGGGUUCCCUGAAGGCGAAGCAGAAAAAUUGUUGCUGGCAGCCUUUCGUCAGUUUCCGUUACGGCGCAUGCCUCGACAGCAGCAGCAGCAGAGUAAGCAGCAGCCAACAACACAACCCAAAAAGGCGGAACCCAAGACAGAAUCAGCUCCCAGCCCCAAAGAGCAGCAAUCUACUACUCCUGCCAGCAGCAAGGAUGUUGAAAAGGAUGCUAAAAAUACCACAACAGAAGAUGAAAAGAAACCUGAAAAGAAGGAACCCGAGGAAACCGUACGAUACACGGAGGAAGGACUUCAAGUUCCAGUCGGCAAUGGUGGAUCCACGAAACGAUACAAGUGGACUCAGACCUUGGAGGAGUGCACAGUUCUCAUUGGGCUUCCAGAAGGAACUCGAGCCAAAGACUUGGAUGUGUCUAUGAAAGUAUCAUCUAUACACGUCAAAACAAAAGUCAAAAGUGGAGAAGCCACUGUCUUUGUAGAGGGGCCGCUUGCUCAAAAGGUUCAACCCGAUGAAUGUACCUGGAGCCUAGAGGGAGGCGUGAUGCUCAUGGUUCUCCACAAAAUGAAAAAAACAUUCUGGGAUACCAUCAUUGACGGAGACGACAAAAUCGACACCAGUCUAGUAGAUUCCAGACGGCAUAUUUCGGAUUACGAUGAAGCUACGCAGGGCCAACUACGGAGAAUCAUGUUUGAUCAAAAACAGCAAGAAAAGGGUCUUCCAACAUCGGAUGACAUUACAGGUACCAAGACGAUUCCAUCAAUGCCUCCUGGGGUGGAGUACAUCGAUCAGAAAAAGAUGGAUGAAGUCCAAAACAAAAAGUAG